GCACUGGAGCAAUGUACUCAUUGCACUGGAGUCGCGAGGGCGUUGCAGGGAGAGAGGGAGUUGUUUAUUUUCAUAGCUAGCACUUUAGCAUUGUUUACCAGUAUAUUGCGACCAUGUUUGUUUUGUUUAACCACUGGCACAAUUGAAAAACAUCAAAGACAGUCGCAUCAUGAUCAGAAGAUAAUCAAAUAUUGACUCGAAUUUCGAUUCAAAGAACACUGGUUUUGUUGUCGGUUAGCAAGCUAACUAGCUCAACGAUAACAUUUUCGGUUUGCUACGAGAAAUCUGUCCUGGACACCCCACCUUCUGUAGAGUGAACGGGACACAUUCCAUUCUCACCCUGGCAAAAGGCUUCAGAAAAUGUGUUUUUCACUCAUCAUUGAUCUAGAGUGAGGACUAAACUGGAAGCCUCCAUAAGAUUGAACUCCAAGUAAUAGAGACUGUGGAACAGUGAGCAAGAUGUCGAUCACAAACACCCCCACAAGCAACGACGCUUGUCUGAGCAUCGUGCACAGCCUGAUGUGCCACAGACAGGGUGGAGAGAGCGAGACCUUCGCCAAGCGAGCCAUUGAGAGCCUCGUUAAGAAACUGAAGGAGAAGAAAGAUGAGCUAGAUUCUUUAAUCACAGCCAUCACCACUAACGGAGCUCACCCCAGCAAGUGUGUCACCAUACAGCGCACCCUGGAUGGACGCCUGCAGGUUGCGGGGCGUAAAGGCUUCCCCCAUGUGAUCUAUGCCAGACUGUGGCGGUGGCCUGACCUGCACAAGAAUGAACUGAAGCAUGUGAAAUACUGCCAGUUUGCUUUUGACCUCAAAGCUGACAAUGUGUGUGUUAACCCGUACCACUACGAGAGGGUGGUAUCACCAGGGAUUGACCUUUCAGGACUGACUCUUUCAAGCUCAGGCACACUCAUGGUCAAAGAUGAGUAUGAAUUUGAGAACCAGCCAUCUCACUCUGGUGCGGAGGGCCACCAUCAGACCAUCCAGCACCAACCAUCCAGACCAGGGGGUCCCCAGGAGUCGUUCAGCAGCCCGGCCCUGCUCCCUCCCCCUGAGGGCAGCAGCUCAGCCUCCACCUCUGCCUUCUCCAGCCUCGCUGCUGGAGCUUCAACCCAGUCCAGUAGCCUUCUGUCAGGGAGCCAUAGCAGUGAAGGGCUGCGGCAGCUAUCCUCAGGGCCAGGCCCAGGCCCAGCACAGGGACAGAGCUCACAGCAGAACGGCUUCCCCCUGGCACAGAGCUCCACAUACCAUCACAGUGCCACCUCAAGCUGGCCGAGAAAUGGGAACUUCCCCCCCUCAGUGCCUCACCACCAGAAUGGGCACCUGCAGCACCACCAACCCAUGCCCAACACCCCACACUACUGGCUCUCACACAAUGAGAUUGCAUUCCAGCCCCCCAUCUCCAAUCACCCUGCCCCUGACUACUGGUGCUCCAUUGCCUACUUUGAGAUGGAUGUUCAGGUUGGGGAGACGUUCAAGGUUCCGGCCAGCUGCCCCACUGUUACGGUGGACGGGUACGUGGAUCCCUCAGGAGGGGACCGCUUCUGCCUGGGUCAGCUCAGCAACGUCCACAGGACAGAGGCCAUCGAGAGAGCCAGACUUCACAUUGGUAAAGGGGUGCAGCUGGAGUGUAAAGGGGAAGGGGACGUGUGGGUGCGUUGCCUUAGCGAUCAUGCAGUGUUUGUGCAGAGUUAUUACCUGGACAGGGAGGCAGGACGUGCCCCUGGAGACGCAGUGCACAAGAUCUACCCCAGCGCCUACAUCAAGGUGUUUGACCUGCGCCAGUGCCACAGGCAGAUGCAGCAGCAGGCAGCCACAGCCCAGGCGGCUGCUGCAGCACAGGCAGCAGCAGUGGCUGGAAACAUCCCCGGGCCUGGCUCUGUGGGAGGCAUCGCCCCCGCCAUCAGUUUGUCUGCGGCUGCAGGUAUAGGAGUGGACGACCUGCGCAGGCUGUGUAUCCUGAGGAUGAGCUUUGUGAAGGGCUGGGGGCCUGACUACCCCCGGCAGAGCAUCAAGGAGACACCGUGCUGGAUUGAGAUCCAUCUCCACCGGGCCCUGCAGCUACUGGAUGAGGUGCUGCACACCAUGCCCAUCGCUGACCCCCAGCCACUGGACUGAGUUAUAGAACGGCAACACUAACUAGACUUUGUUUAUAACUGACAACACCACAUGCUGGACUGAGUGACUGACUGCCCAUGCCGUGUAUGCUAGCCCAUUUUAACUAUGACUGCUGUCUGCUGUGCUGAAUGGAAUGAGAGAGGGGGGAGAUGAAUAUGAUUUAUUUUUCCUACCCACUGGCAUCAAAGCCAGCCAGGGUUCCUUCUCUGAAGAUACCAGCUCAUGAAUCCGUUUUCUACUUACCUCAGAAUCAGGAUACACAGUUAUUACUCAUGGAUGCUUUUCAUUCUCUGUUCUAUUCAUAAAUAUAUCUGUCCAUACCAUCCUAUUCAUUGACAGACAGGGCCAUGUCAUAACACUUUAUAUACUGUAUUUAUGAGUUGUUUCAAUGCAGUUUUUUAAAUUAGCACUUUAUUGGUUUGCUUUUCAUGUGCUUGUUUUCAGUAUGUUUCUUGUUGAUAGUUUAGAAAAUUAGUUUAGGAAUGCAGUGUGAGGGGUGGUUUCCACAUACAUUUAUAUUUUAAGUAGGUAUGUUUGUCUCAGAAUAUUCAGCUUUUGUAGCGAUGAGUGGGAUCCAGGCCAGAACCUUUUGCAAGAUGAUGUUCACUUCACUGACUUCAAUAAUGUUUUCAGAUGCCUCAAUGUCUAAACAGGUGUUCAUUUCGGUUUAAUUUCCAUUUUUAUCUCCACCUCUUCAUAUUUCUGUAAUCAUGACUUUGAUUAAUUGACUUGUAACAUUCCUUGGAGAUAUUGGAGGAAAGGUAAGGAAGUCUGAAGCCAUAUUGAUACCAAAUGGACCCAUAUGAAAGGUGUAAACAGGUCAGAGCACAGUCCUGUCAGUCAGUAUUAUGUGAAACUUAUAAAUACAUGUUUUUAUGACCAGAUUCUGCAUUUGAUCCCCAAAUUAUGAGAAUAUCAGCAAUUGUGUGUGUCUGAACUACUUGUCACUUUAAUUACAAACAGUGUUGUUUGAGCCCUGGAUGCUGAUUGGCUGGAAGUCGUGGUAUACGAGACAAUAUACCAUGGGUAUGACGCAAAACUAUUUGUUUACUGUUCUAAUUACGUUGGUAACCUGUUUAUAAUAGCAAUAAGGCACCUCUGGGAUUUGUGGCAUAUGGCUAAUAUACCACUGCUAAGGGCUGUAUCUAGGCACUCUGCCUUGCGCCUAAGAACAGCCCUUAGCCGUGGUAUAUUGGCCAUAUGCCACACCCCCUCGGGCCUUAUUGGUUAAUUAUAUAUUUCAAUAUUUUAUACUCAUUUUACUGCCUUAUGACCAUCUAUCAUGUUUUAAAGAAAGUUAGAAAAUGAUAAAUAUGCAGGCUAAGGACAGAGACGUGCUCCAGUGCUCAUUCUUUACCUUCAUAAUUUAUGGAAAUAAAAAAAAAAGUAUGAUAUUGAA